GGGGCACCGAGGCGGCUUCCAGCGGGGUGACCUGGGCGCGCUGGCCUCGCCGGGACCGGGAGCCGGAAGGGUAUUCGCUGGCGGCCGAGACUAUAUUCAGGAACUUGGAAGCACUGCCAAUAUGUCUGAUGUUCAAGAAGCCACUAACCAGCUCCUAGAUGUGAACCUUCAGGAGAACCAGAGGUCUGUACAAGUGACAGAAAGUGGCCUCAGAAGUGAGUCUGAACAUCUCCAAGUCACUAUUGGAGCCACUGUGCCUACUGGUUUUGAGCAAACAGCUGCAGAUGAAGUGAGAGAGAAAUUGGAGUCAUCGUGCAAAAUCAGCAAAGACCGGGGCAAGAUAUAUUUUGACAUUUCAGUGGAAAGUCUGGCUCAGGUUCACUGUCUGAGAUCAGUUGAUAACUUAUUUGUGGUUGUUCAGGAGUUUAAGGACUACCAGUUCAAAGAAACAAAGGAAGAAGUUCUAAAGGAUUUUGAGGACUUGGCUGGGAAGCUUCCAUGGUCAGACCCUUUAAAAAUAUGGAAAAUUAACACUUGUUUCAAGAAAAAAAAAACAAAGCACAAAAAGAUAAAUCAGAAUUCAAGUAAAGAGAAGAUUGAAAGUGGACGAGGAGACAAAACAGAUGAGAGAGAUAUCAAAAAAGAGUUCACUAACAAUGUCUUAGAUUCACAGAUCUUAGACUAUUAUGAAAAUCCAGCCAUCAAAGAAGAGAUAUCAACAUUAGUAGGUGAUGAUUUGACAUCUUGCAAAGAUGAGACUGAGGAAAGCUCAAAAGAAGAAACUGAUCCUGAAGUGCUGAAGUUUAGAGUCACAUGCAACAGGGCAGGAGAGAAACAUUGCUUUUCCUCAAAUGAGGCGGCAAGAGAUUUUGGGGGUGCUGUUCAAGAUUAUUUUAAGUGGAAGGCUGACAUGACCAACUUUGAUGUGGAGGUUCUUUUGAAUAUCCAUGAUAAUGAAAUUGUCGUGGGCAUUGCAUUGACAGAAGAGAGUCUCCACCGAAGAAAUAUCACACAUUUUGGACCCACAACUCUUAGAUCUACUCUUGCCUAUGGGAUGCUCAGGCUCUGUGCUCCUCAGCCUACUGAUAUAAUAGUUGAUCCGAUGUGUGGAACAGGGGCAAUAUCGAUUGAGGGGGCUACAGAAUGGUCUAACUGUUAUCACAUUGCUGGUGAUAAUAAUCCGUUGGCUGUGAAUAGAGCAGCAAAUAACAUCUCAUCUUUAUUGAACAAGAGCCAAGUCAAAGAAGGCAAACUGUCCUGGGGCUUGCCCAUAGAUACUAUUCAGUGGGAUAUCUGCAACUUGCCACUAAGAACUGGCUCUGUGGACAUUAUUGUAACAGACAUGCCAUUUGGAAAAAGGAUGGGCUCCAAGAAGAGAAACUGGAACCUUUAUCCAGCUUGCCUACAGGAGAUGAGCCGUGUCUGCAGGCCAGGGACAGGCCAAGCUGUACUACUGACCCAGGACAAGAAAUGCUUUACUAAGGCAUUAUCUGGAAUGGGACACCUAUGGCGGAAGGUACAUACCGUCUGGGUCAACAUAGGGGGUCUUCAUGCUGCAGUUUAUCUUCUGAAACGUACACCUCAAACUUUUGUUCCUUCAGAACAAGAUGGAGAAAGACCUCCUUGGUAAUGCAAAGACUGAAGACGAUUAGUAGUGCGGCCAGUGCUUCCUGACAGUGGAAAUGUCAGCAUGAAGAACUUGCUUUGAGAGAAAAAUAGUAUUAAUAAAAGUGAAGUUUGGUGUAAAUCUCUUCACCCUAGAUAGCAAAAGGUGUGAAUAGAAUGGAACAAGCCUUAAGAGAAAGCAGAGCUUUUCUUUGGAGCUGUUGUAGUUGGGCAAUUAGUACUUUUCUUAAAAUGCUUUAAAGAUGCGAAGCCUACUAAAAUACUCUGGGAUUCGGGUUUAGAACAUUUUAUUUUCAGGCUUUAUAGCAGUUCCUGUUUUCCAUUGUAGCAGGUAGAAAGCUACCCUGGCGUAAGGGAAAGGCAGAGAGCACAAUCAGAUCAUGAGGUUACAUUUCAUUGCCUCUGCAGCAUUGUUAUUUAGUUGCUCAAGUUCUUCACCUCAACUUUAAAAAAUGAAGAUUACACUUUGUAAAAGUGUUUGCCCCGUGACAAGAUGAAAUCUCACGAGACCUACAGAAAAGUUUACUAUCUGCUUUAAAAAUUACAAUAUGCAUGUUAUUCAGAUAAAUAGAUAGAACUAAAUAGACAUUUCUAUUUGUAAACAGCAGUGAUUACACUGGUAGAUGAAGUAUGGGACCAACAAGCCAUAUUUAAAGAAAUUUUAUUUUUCUUUCAGUACACAAAGGUGGUGAUGCUUUUCAAAGUCAAACAUAAACCUGUCAAAGUAUUUUUGUUGGCUUCUCUAAAGGACUAGAGAACAAACUGAUAUAUCUUUGAAUUAAAAACUUUGUAAGUUCUUUUAUUUUCUCUCAGUCACUAUUCAUAUUUAAUUGCUUUUCCAGUAGCAGAAAGUCCUUCCCAAGACAGUGGAAAAUGAAAUAACCUAAACAUCAAGUCCUUGUAAAAACAGUGCUUCUGUGCGACAAAGAGUUGGGGUUUUAUGUGGCAUUCUGUAUUCAGUUUACUUUGGAGUUUGUGGCUGCAUUCAGCUUAGAUUUUCAGUGUCAUGUCCAUAACAUACUAACUUUUGAUGUCUCAUUUAGAAUAAAAGGACACAGUACUUCUUUACUUUGAAAGAAUAGAGUUCACAUUAGCAGCAGAGCCAACAGUCCUUGUGUAGUUUCUCUCUGAUAUACCUCACACUUGAGAAUGAACUGGAAUUAAGAAAGGGUCUUAUAUCCUAGACUGGAGUUCUUAACGUCAUCAGAAUGCACAGUUUCACUAUUAUGGGUUCAACAUAGAACAGCCUUUCACCUCUCACAAAAGAAACCAUUUAAACCUCUAAGUGUUGGUCAGCAGUCCACAGGACUGGAAAAGUACAAGGACCAUGUUUUCUCUACUGUUCACCAACUGCCUGACACAUUACCUACCAGCAUGGACGUUUAAUAUCUGUUGAACAAAUGGAUAUUUUUGCAUAUUGGCUGUUUUUAAGUGUAUCAAAUUUGUGCUCGAUAUAUCAUAGCUUUAGUCCUAUUAAAUACCAUCAUAAAAACAUGAA